CAGACCAACCAAUAGACGCUCUAGUUUGAGUUUUUUCUUGUACAUUCACUGGGCAAUCAUUCACUUGUACAUUCACAAGGAAAUCAAACAAUCAGGUGAAAAAAGUACACUUGAAUACAAAGAAGAAACACUUGGGUGCAAAACAAGGUACACUUGGAAACAAAGCAAGAUACUUUGAAACAAACAAUUUUACAUAGAAGAUUGAAGAAGGGCCAGCAGUUUUUUACUUGUCAACGAUUUUUCAGUGACAAUCACACCCCUCUCAUGCGUUUCAGUUGUUACCCCGUUCCUAACUCUUCAAAAUGAAGUCAGCUGACACCGACAAGGACCGUCAGUCUACGUCAGUCGCUGUCGGCAGAUGAUUGCGUCAGUUCGGCUGCGUUCUAACUGAAAUCACGUGACAACGUGACACGACCGCGUCACAACCAGUUGGGAAAUGUGUCAUGCGUGCUCUCUGUCAUCGGAAAAUGUGCCGAACAAAAAAUGGAGAACGGACUGGAGAGUUGGGGAGUUCUUUGCGGUCAUUGUCGGAGUUCUUGCGUUCGCCUCGUCGGUCGGAGACGCUAUGCCGAGGAGGUCGACUGGACGGGAGGCUCCUGAGAUGGAUAAUAAGUUGAUGGGCUAUCUAGAGAGCUUCGGAUAUCUUCCUGAGGUUAAAGGCGGUCCAGGAAGCCUCAGGUCCGCAGAUCAGCUCAAGGAUGCCCUGAGAAACCUUCAGGCAUUUGCUGGUCUACAAGCCACUGGUGAACUAGAUGUGGAAACGAGGAGACUGCUUCAGAAGCCCCGCUGUGGGCUGCCAGACAUAUCACUGCAACACGCCAAGCGUAAACGUUAUGCCGUGCAGGGCCAGAAAUGGCACACUCUCAACAUCACCUGGAGUUUGCAGACCCAGAGACUUCUGUCUUUGGACCAUGGCAAGGUACGAAGGGAAUUGCAUCGAGCUCUCGAUCUGUGGGCUCAAAAUUCCCAGCUCACUUUUCGUGAGAUUGCGUCCGAGAAUGCUGAUAUCGUGAUCAACUUCCAUCGAGGCUAUCAUGGAGAUGGAUAUCCAUUCGAUGGACAAGGCUUGAUUUUAGCGCAUGCGUUCUUCCCUGCCGGGUCGGGGGGAGACGUCCAUUUCGACGAAGAUGAAAUUUGGCAAGUCGAUAGUGACAGCAAUCAAGUUGGAGGCACGAGUUUGUUUUCGGUGGCGGCUCACGAGUUUGGGCACUCCCUAGGCCUGUCACACUCGUCUGUGGCGGGGGCGCUCAUGUACCCCUGGUACCACGGACUUGUCGACUCCUACCGACUUCCCGAGGACGACAGGCAUGGCAUACAACAGCUAUACGGUGAAGGAUCGAAAGGUAAACUGUGGGCGAAAAUGCCGGUCUACACUCCAAGCCACGGUGACCCCGGUCAUCCACGGCGACAUCAUCCAACAACCACUACAACCACCACAAGCACGACCACCACGACCAGCACCACACCGCAUCCACGGCCCGAGGAGCCACUCACCUGCGACACCACCUAUGACGCGGUGUCCGUCAUCCGCUCCGAGGUGUUCAUUUUCAAAGACAAAUACAUGUGGCGAAUCAGCGACAAAGGCCUGAUGACUGGCUACCCGGCGCUGAUCACACGGCUGUGGAAUCACCUGCCGGCCGACCUGACGCAUAUCGACGCCGCUUACGAACGCACCGACAAACGCAUUGUCUUCUUCAUAGGACGCCGUCUGUUCGUGUUCCGCGGCAACAGCCUAGAGCACGGUUAUCCACAGCCUCUCACGUCACUCGGCCUGCCGCACUCUCUCAACAAGGUGGACAGUGCCUUCGUUUGGGGCCACAACAGCAAGACGUACAUCUUUGCUGGCGACAAGUACUGGAAGCUGGACGAUGAGGAUGGCAGGGUGGAGAAGGACUAUCCCAGGCCCAUUGGCGGGGUGUGGGGGGGAGUCGGCUACCCCAUCGAUGCUGUUUUCCAGUGGAAGGACGGCGCUACAUACUUCUUCAAGGACAAGAGCUUCUGGAAAUUCAACGAUCUUCUAAUGCGAGUUGACAAUGAGCGACCAAUUCUGUCGGCGCCAUUUUGGAUGGGGCUGUCCAAGGCCAAAAGUAGAUCCCAUAGACGGAAGCACAGACGAUAAGACCGGUUCACAGGCGAUCACACUCUCUCCCGACUAUGUGCAUAUCUAUUUGUUACUUUUUGCAAUUUACACACUAUUUAGUUGACAAAUACUUCAUUUGUGAAGAGGAACUAUUUCUUUCAUUUUAUUGAUACUUGUUUCAUGUAAGGAGAUCCAGUUACUCUAAGACCCAGUUUCUAAGACACUUAUUUAAUAUAAUAAGUGGUUUAAUGGUAGCCUACCUUAUCUUAUUAGAAACUGGGAGAAAUACUUUGACUAGUCAGAGUUAUGAGUCAGAACACUGUGUCUGACUGCUUGUGGUCUGAUUAAAAAAAAAUGUAUUCAUGUAGAAAUGCUAAAAAUGUAUUUUGCUAGUAUUGCUGCAAAAUACAUUUCAGCGUUUCCAUAUUAAUCAUUUUUUAUAUCAGACCACAGUCAUGUGUAUAAUUUUACAUCAGAGCAUGUCUUGGAACUUGCUUUGUUACAGAUGGGGUACACUUAUCCACUGAUGAUCAAUAAUAAUUUGAUGAUCUUUUGGUAUAAGUAAAUGUGUAAUAUUGUAUCAAAGUGUAUAGAUCCUUAUGUUUUUUCAUGAUUCUCAUGUAGUUAGGCUACUCAAAUUUGAUAUAUUUUUAAUAUAAUGUAGUGUGUAUCACAAAAUGUUCCAAACAGCUUCUACUGAGGAUAAUACAUGAUCUUUUAUAGAUAAAGUUUUAACAAACAUUUCUCAUAGUUCUAUGUAAUGUACAGUAUCACAUAUACCUAUGUGUUACAAUAUUUAAAUUAUUGUAAAAAUUUUGUACAAUAUUAAUCAAAAAUAGUAUAUAUUACUGAUUCAUAUUUCUACUAAAGAUAUAUAUCUCCAUCUCAAUACACAUGUAUCUAAACCUACUGCAGCACAUGUAAAAACUAUUUUCAUGCUCUGGAAUGAACACAGAAUCUGAAUAAUCUGAUGUAAACUUGAAUUAAAAAAAAACACUUUAGGAGUGAAAAUGCACUUACUUUGGUAGUGACGAUCGUUUCGACCUGUUGUUGGUCAUCAUCAGACUGUAGGAAUUUACUCCUUGACUCGUAUUAAACCUUGACAUCUGAGUAAAUUCCCACAGUCUGAUUAUGACCAACAACAGGUCGAAACGAUCGUCACCACCUAAGUAAGUGUAUUUUCACUCCAAAAGUGUUUUUUAAAAUUCAAGUUUAAUUUUAACAGGGGAAAAUUAUGGAUAUACAACAGAGUAAUCUGAUGUUUCAUUUUUUGAGCCAAUGAUACGGUAAUAUGUUUAAUAAAAAAUAAAGAAAAACACCAUACCGUAAUUGCAAUGCCCAGUUGUAAUAAAAAUGUUAGUGUAUAGAUGCUCUUAUAAAUUAUCUAAGAAUCUAUUGUACUCUAUUGUAAUCAUUAUACUCUUCUAUUUAUAAUAUUAUUUCAAAAUGUUUAUAUUCAUAUUAUUUUAUUGUCUUGCGUAUUUUUGUUUAUUCAAUUAUUCCAAUUGCCUGCAAACUAUGGAACUGUUGAGAUAAAAAUAAUGAAAAGUGUUGAUGUUGAAAAAAUCAAUGAAAUUUAUACUGCCACUUUCAUAAGACUGAUUUUGUCUUGAAUGCAAUCAUGUUUAUUGAUAGAAUGAUACAUUAAGUUGAAUGUUUUUAUGGUAUUAAUGUGUUUAAGUGCAAAUUUAUUGUUGGACUUAUCUAAUUGGAUGGUAUACUAUUAUUUAUUGAAAGAGCUUCAAUUUUGUAUACUAUGAUUCAAUUGAAAAUGUAUUUAUUUUAACUAUACUGGCCUUAUACUGGUUCAAUUCAUGAAUUCUGAUACAUAUAUUUUUAAAAAUGACUAGAUUUAGUAUAAAAUUACGCAGAGUAUAAUAAUCGAUUAUACUUUUAUUAUAAUAGUCUCAAACUCUAUUAUAAUUCUCUACCCACAUCAUUAUGUAUUGCUUGAAUGUAUAAAUGUAUCUCUUAUCUCAAUAAUGUAGAAAUAACAACGUUAUCUCCUUUUCGGAACUAUAUUUUUGGGGCAGAAAAUUUGUAACUACUGUGAUAAUUAUAUUUGAGAAAGAUAUAGUAUCUUGUUUUUGGAAAUUUAUAUAGCAUUUUUUUUUUUUAAUGAAGAGGUUAUCAGUGUUAUUUUGUUUUCCAAACUCUAAUUUAUAAGUAUUUUAGAGAGAUUAAGUACUGUACAGUAUAAUAUUGUAAUACAACAAUGUAUAAUAUAUUACAGUUGUAUUUCUGGA